CAAAGAGCCACAAAGAAGCACAAAGUGAAGUCACCAACUCCACACUGUGACCGUUCGCUGCUCUGGAUAAACAUUCCCGGUCGCGCAUCGCUUUUACACACACAGGGGACGAAAUGGAAAACUGCCAAUGUCUGAUUGUCAGGUUUGGAGCAAUGGUUAAAUAGCAUAGCCGAUGCAAGGGACGACAUGGCUGCCCACAGGAUCAGAGUGACGAAUAACAACAACGUGCUUCCUCGAUGUAAAUCGGAGGGCACGCUCAUCGAACUCGACGAGGGAGUGACAGAGGCAAGUCUUAUAGAUGUCAAAGUGCCUUCUCCCAGUGCCUUGCGUCUGGCCCCCUCGACUUCUUUUGGGACCGCACGGGAAGUAGUCGCCAUAAAGGAUUACUGUCCAUCCAGUUUCACCACUCUGAAGUUCUCCAAAGGAGAUCAUCUCUACGUGCUGGACACGUCUGGAGGGGAAUGGUGGUACGCCCACAACAACAGAGAAAUGGGGUACAUUCCUUCAACAUACGUUCAGCCGGUCGGCUACAGGAACUCUUCGCUCAGCGACAGCGGUAUGAUUGACAAUCUUGGGGACUGUUCCGAGGAGGGGGCAAAAGAGUUGGAGCUGCUGGGGGAAUGGACUAGCAAGCCCCUACUGUCUUAUGACAACAACAACCCAUUCUCCAUGCUCUCUUCAACGAACCCAUUCCUCAACGGAUCCAUGGAUGACGUCCUCGAUCAGAACAGCAACGAUAGGGCAAGCCAAUGCAACAGCGUGGAUUUGCUUUUCUUUGACUCGUUUGCACCUUUGGCCCCCAUCUUCAAUUCCAGCAGUUAUGGCACCACGAAAGGGUACAGCAAUAGUGUCUUUGACGGCACGUCAACCAGCCCUGAUUUUGAAGCUUUGCAGAUGCAAAGAUACAAAGACAACCCCUUUUUCCGGAGCAAGAGGUCUUACAGUUUAUCAGAGUUAUCGAUUUUACAAGCUCAGUCGAAUCCUCCAUUGCCUUCAUCAGGGUUUUUCACAGGGCUCAAGGCUCCUUCACCGGAGCAGUUUCAGAACAGGGAGGACUUCAGGACUGCAUGGCUAAACCACCGAAAACUGGCACGGUCUUGCCAUGACCUUGACACCUUGGGGCAGAACCCAGGCUGGGGUCAGACGCAACCAGUAGAGACUAACAUUGUCUGCAAGCUAGACAGCUGUGGAGGAGCAGUCCAACUUCCAGAUACAAAUAUCAGUAUUCAUGUUCCUGAAGGCCACGUUGCAGCAGGCGACACACAGCAAAUCUCCAUGAAGGCUCUGCUGGAUCCUCCUUUGGAGCUUAAUAAUGACAGAUGUUCCACUGUGAGUCCAGUGGUUGAAAUCAAACUAAGCAACAUGGAGAUAAAAUCAUUCAUAACCUUGGAGAUGAAGGUGUCAGUGGCAGUUCGGACAGAAAGUCAAACAGCGGAGCUUAUGUGUGUCAGAAGUGAUUGUAAGGAGGGUCCAUAUUCUCCCGUUCCACAGGCGUAUAUUUACGGCGACACAAUUCAAAUCCAGCUGGAUAACCUGGAACCAUGCAUGUAUGUUGCAGUUGUAGUCCAAAAUCAGCGUUUGUCCUUCAAUUCUACUGUUUGGGAUCAUAUGGUGAAGAAAGUUACAUUGGGGCUCUAUGGGCCCAAACACAUUCAUCCAUCUUUUAAGACCGUGGUGGCCAUUUUUGGACAUGACUGUGCCCCCAAAACCCUACUGGUCAGUGAGGUUGGGAAACAAGCCAAGUCCGCCCCACCUGUUGCUCUACAGCUGUGGGGGAAGCACCAGUUUGCCCUUGGAAGACCUCAGGACUUGCAGAUAGGCAUGUACUCCAACAUGUCAAACUAUGAGGUCAAAGCAAACGAUCAGGCCCGGAUCGUCCGUGGGUUUCAAAUAAAACUAGGCAAGGUGAGUCGGCUCAUCUACAUGAUAACGUCUCGGAAGGCAGAUGAGAUCACAGACUUCACGUUACGCGUCCAGGUAAAAGACGAUCAGGAUUGCAUCCUCGCUCAGUUUUGCGUUCAGACGCCACAGCCACCCCCUAAAACCGGGAUGCGGAACAACGGCCAGAGGCGCUUCCUGAAGAAAAAGGAAGUAGAUAAAAUAAUUUUGUCCCCUCUGGCCAUCACCAACAAAUACCCACAGUUUCAAGAGCGCUGCAUCACUAACUUGAAAUUUGGCAAAUUGAUCAAAACUGUCAUCAGGCAAACCAAGAAUCAGUAUUUGCUGGAAUAUAAGAAAGGGGAUAUCGUCGCUCUGUUAAGCGAGGAGAAAAUCAAACUCAAAGGACAGCUAUGGACCAAAGAGUGGUACAUUGGAUACUAUCAAGGAAAGAUCGGGCUUGUGCACGUGAAAAACUUGCUGGUACUGGGAAAGGUCAAGCCCAUAUACUUCUGUGGGCCGGACCUUACGACUACAAUGCUGAUGGAACAAAUCCUAAAACCCUGCAAGUUCCUCACUUACAUUUACGCCUCUGUGAGGACGAUACUUAUGGAGAACUUAGGGAACUGGCGGGCGUUUGCUGAUGCUUUGGGUUAUGUGAAUCUUCCCCUGACGUACUUCUGCAGAGCCGAACUGGAUAGUGAACCGGAGAAGGUGGCCUCUGUGCUGGAGAAACUGAAGGAAGAUUGCCUCAACAUGGAAACUAAGGAAAAAAAAUCAUUUCAGAAGGAACUAAUGAUGGCCCUGUUGAAAAUGGACUGUCAGGGUUUGGUGGCGCGUCUCAUUAUGGACUUUGUAUUGCUGACCACAGCAGUGGAGGUAGCCCCUCGCUGGAGAGAGCUCGCCGAAAAACUCGCCCGUGUAUCCAGGCAACAAAUGGAAGCUUAUGAAGCACCACAUAGAGAUAAAACCGGCGUGGUGGACAGCGAGGCCAUGUGGAAACCAGCCUACGACUUCCUGCUAACGUGGGCCGCACAGAUUGGCGACAGCUACCGUGACGUCAUCCACGAACUGCACAUGGGGUUGGAUCGAAUGAAGAACCCAAUCACCAAGCGAUGGAAACACCUUACUGGCACUCUUAUACUUGUCAAUUGCCUCGACAUGCUCAGAAGCUCCGCCUUUAGUCCCGCCCCUCAGGACGACUUUGCCAUUUAGCCCCACCUCUCUUCAUGGCUUCACUCUUGUUCCGCAAUCCAUAUGACAGAGUUACAGGUUCCUGUAGAUGAUGUCACCUCAGAGGAGCUUGAUUUCAAAGAAUUCACUCUUUUAUUAAAGUUACUGUCAGCUGGGAUGCCCACGGGGACUUCCUGUACCCGCCCACGUCCAUAUGUGGUAAGCCAAUCAAGCCAAAACACAUAGUGUUUGAAGUGUAGCUAUUUUUGGAGAUUCCUAAAGGAGUUUUUCUUCGCAAUAUCUAUAUAUUUUUUAUACCGGAUGGCACAAAGGAAAUUUUUACAAUCGCUUUUCAAGUAUGAUUUUUCUCACGAAAAAGAACAGAUCAUCACUGAAAGAUGAAUGUUUAUUAUGUCACAUGGAUCCGUGUUUGCUGUCCUGUCCUGCAUUUCAUUGCCAUCCAACACCACGUAUAUGGAUUAGAUUACAUAUUAUUCAAUUUAUAUGUUGCCUUUUGUGAAUGCAAUAUUUAAUGUUUCUCAUUGUUAAAAGAUGUAUUGGUCUUACUAGGCUAAUAUGAAACUUUCAUGUGUUUAAAGGGAGCUUAUAGAGUGUUUAGACAGGUUAUAUCACUAUACAAAGUUUGCAUUUGGUUUAUGGUCCGUUUCAGUUGCGUGUCAGUGUUUUUUACUCUAAAAGAAUGCGUUCAUUAAUAAAUGAAUAGACUGUUGUGAUUUUAUUUAUGAUUUUUAUGUCUUGCAUUUCUGUUUUUUGUACGUUGGACGUUUUAUGCUUGUUUGUUUGUUUGUAUGUUUUGAAUAAUAAUCAGUUAUUUUACGGAUUGAGUCCUGUAUGUCUUCAAUCAUUGUCCUGUAUGUCAUUUCUGUGCUGGUUUUGAAUAGCAUCAACAUGUAGGGAAAAAAGUGAAUGUGUCUAUUUAUAUAUCUUUAUAUUCUGUGAUUAAAGUUCUUUGAGAUGGAUAACAUGUUUUUGUGUUAGAUCUUCAAAAUGUUUGACAGUGGCUGUUUGAAAAGUUAGACAUAAUUCACGCAUCGUCUUCUUUAGAAAGAAAAUGAAGUAAACAUGCUGUCCCGUGUUGUUCCCAUGGAUUCAAUAA